CUCUAGCCGCCCAAGCGUAUGCGCUGAAGGAAGAGAAUGAUAGUCUUCGAUGGCAGCUGGAUGCUUAUAGGAAUGAAGUGGAGCUCCUGAAACAGGAGAAAGGGCAGCUCUUUCGGACAGAAGAAAGCCUUACAAAGGACCAGCAGCUGCAGUUCCUACAGCAGACAAUGCAAGGCAUGCAGCAGCAAUUGCUGAGCAUACAGGAAGAAUUAAAUAACAAAAAAUCCGAACUGGAGCAAGCCAAGGAAGAACAAACACAUACACAAGCAAUGCUUAAAGUCCUGCAGGAACAGUUAAAAAGCGCCAAGGAAUUAGCAGAAAUCAAUGGGCAUGAUGAAUCUCAAGGAAAUGAAAUCAAUGUAUUGACAGUAGCAUUGGUCAACCAAGACAGAGAAAAGAAUUCAGAGAAACGAAGCUCGGGUUUAAAAUCAGAGAAAGAGGCACUAUUAAUAGGUAUCAUAUCCACAUUUCUCCACGUCCACCCUUUUGGAGCCAAUAUAGAAUAUCUUUGGUCUUAUAUGCAGCAGUUGGACUCUAGGAUCUCUGCAAAUGAGAUAGAAAUGCUUUUGAUGAGACUGCCACGCAUGUUUAAACAAGAAUUCACUGGUGUAGGAGCAACACUGGAAAAGAGGUGGAAGUUUUGUGCCUUUGAAGGAAUUAAAACUAUCUGACUGUGACUAGUAAUGAAGCUAUGCAGAAGAAAAAUUCCUAGAGCAUGGCAGGGUUAUAAAGUAUUAAAGUAAGAAAUUUGGAUUUGGGCACAUAGUGGUAUGUUUUCAAAGUUAUCCAAGCCUGAUUUUAGUUACAUUUGUGAUGUUCUUGUGAGUGGAAAUGUAGUUGUGCACCAGUUCCUAAAAUAAAAUAAAAUUAAAAAAAAAAAAGUUUCAAAAUGUGACAGAUCUGUUUCCUAUGAAAACUGAAGAAAGAUACCACAGUCAUAAUGAUUUCAAAAUACUACAUGUCCUACAUCUAAGAAAAGCUCAUUGAGCAAACAGCUAAGGAGAAAGACUGCCCAGUGAUGGUCGCUAAGCUACAGCGAUGUAUAUGUAAUAUGUAAUAGAACUCAUUAAGUUUCGUUAUUGAAAGUUCUUUCUGUUUAGUAAGAAAAUGGAGUAAUUUUGCAGUGAGGAAAAGCAUACCAAAAGAAAACUUGAAGAUGUGUCUGAAGUUAUUGUAUUUUGUAAAUUAAGUUAUAUGCUGUACCAGGGAUUUUUGCCUUAUUGAAAGAGGCCUGAAAAUGUGAUUGGAGUCCUCAAGAAUGCUUUAUCAAGAAUAUUAUUUUUCUAAUGUAACUAUUCUCCAUUACAAGUUCUUUUAACAUGGAUUGCAUAUCAAUUUUCAUAAACAUGUAAAUAAGGAGGAAACCAGUGUUACUGUAUUGUAUUUGGUAUGUAACAUUCAGGUUUAUGCAUCAAAAUAAAUAUUCAGUUGCAUUACUGUUACAAAUUUUAUAGCAGAUAUAUUAAUUUUUAUCAAUAAAUAUGACUUCUACCA